CUACUACCAACCAUCACCAUGCUCUACUCCAAGCUAAUCCUCCUCACCCCCCUCCUCGCCCACCUCACCCUGGCCUCCCCAAACACCUGCGCCUACACCUGCGGCACCUCCUGCUACACCGUCUCCGCCAUCUCCGCCGCCCAAUCCGAAGGCUGGAAGCUCUGGGAAGAAUGGCGCACCGUGGGAAAAGACAAAUACCCACAUACAUACCACGACUACGAGGGGUUUGAUUUUCCUGUCGAGGGACCGUACCUUGAAUUCCCGAUCUUGAGAAAUGGGGAGGUGUUUACGGGUGGUGAGCCCGGGGCGGAUCGAGUCAUUUUUAAUCGCAGGGAUGAGUUUGCGGGGGUUAUUACGCAUACGGGGGCGGAGGGGGAUGAUUUUGUGGGGUGUGAUCAAUACUAA